AUGUGUAGCGGAGCCGAAGGUGGCCCCUGGCCGCUCGGUAAAGAAACCCCUGCUGUGACCGCCGCUGCUAUAGAUCACUACAGACUUCAGCUGUACAAUUACGCUGUCGCUGAACGUCUACGCCUAUAUCCACCUUCCGUCGCGCCAUGCUACGGACCUUAUGGACCUCGUCUCGCGCUCUCUAUGUCUCUACUCCAACAACGCGCGCUCCAACCUGAAGAACCUAAGCCUCAGCACAGCUACAUCGGACUUAUCGCUAUGGCAAUACUGAGCUCCCCAGAACGCAAGCUAGUCCUGUCUGAUAUCUACCAGCACAUUUUGGAUAACUACCCAUACUUCCGCACCCGCGGCCCCGGAUGGAGGAACUCGAUUCGUCACAAUCUCUCGCUUAAUGAUUGUUUUGUAAAAGCCGGAAGAUCUGCGAAUGGAAAGGGUCAUUAUUGGGCGAUACAUCCGGCGAAUAUCGAUGAUUUUCGGAAAGGUGAUUUUAGAAGACGUAAAGCGCAGAGGAAAGUGCGAAAACACAUGGGAUUGGCAGUAGAUGACGAUGGAGAAGAUUCUCCUUCACCGCCUCCACAGUCACCACCACCGACGGCUCUCCCGCUACCAUUCUGGAGCGGAUCUAGAGUCCCGGGAAAUGUACAGGCGAGAAAGAGACAAUUUGAUGUUGCUUCUUUGUUAGCACCGGACGAUGCCCCGAUAAUUAAGUUACGGAGGGACAGUAGUUGUGAAGAAGAAGUAGAAGAGGACAUAGACGUUGUUGCGAGUGAUCAAGAGGACGGAAAAGCUCCGGAAGAUGAUGCUCGGACUCCUUUAGCUCCAACUGCUCAUUACCCCUUGUUGGGAAGCUGGUGGCCUGCUUUAGACCCUGUUCUGUUGCAACAGCUACGAAGACAUACCGCAUCAUCCACAUCAUCUACUCCACCGAGUCCACUAGAACAACAACACCCACCGGAUACUUAAAUCAACUAGGAAUUUUACGAGUGUUAAGACAAUUAUAACCAAAAUGUGAAUAUAGUGACUUGCAGUUAUAUCUGUAGUGUUAACAAAAGCUUUCUUUCCUAUUGAAUUCAGCUUUGAAGAGUUUCUUUUAGAUUGUAAUUACGUGAAGUGUUAAAUUUAAGCUCAAAGAUGUUACGACUGUAAAUAUAAAUAGAAAUAUUAAAUAAUAUGUGAAUAGAAAAUAUUAAGUAUUAACAAAAUAUUAUGUUUGUCUGGUACAUAUUUCCAAAUAGUUUUCCGAUUCAUAAGUUCACGGCCCUUUUGACAAGAAAAUUGUGAUUAUUUUGUCCACCUGUAGGUAAUUAGUUUAAACAUGAGAAAUCUGAUAUUGUAAAUAUAAUGUAAGCAAUUUAUCUUGUUGUUGUACAGUAAAAUUUUUGUUAUUAAAUCUAAGUUUAGAAUACUUAAUGAACGAAUAAAUUGAGUUCGAAA